UUGUUGUGAACAGUGUGUAUUAUUAUUGUUGCGAGUGUACUCUGAGUACCGUCACGCUGUCACUUCAACUUUGUCCCCGCAAGCCGGGAAAUACCUCCGGAUGAGACAAAUGCACACCAUCAAGUCUCCUUAGGCCCGAUCUCCCCAAGGCACAAAACCUUAUCUUCGCUGAAACUCAACUCGACAGCGCCCAUCUCCCGUCCCGUCCCAACCCAUUCUUCAUCAUAGGCGAGCAUAUCACUUGCAUCCGGAGAAUCAGGCAUCCUACUCUAGGGAGUCCCUUAGCCACCCAGCCACCCAGCCACCGCGAAACACACCCUCAAAAGUCGAUCCGGAAAAGGAAUCAGCAUGCUACUGGAGUUUGGACCGCUCAAAAGCUUAAACCGGACCAGGUCUAUUGCGGACAGGGGGGCGUAUUUCUCGUUCAGCUGGACCGUUAGCACACCCCCGGAAAGCGGCAAGGUCUCGCAGCCACUACAGUACAGUACGAAAGGUACUUACUUUACUUCACUCGCACUGUUGUCGGAGGCAUCCCGGCACGGCCUCCCAAGACUCUUAUCCAGACCUCACUUCUGGCAUCCUGCAGCCUCAAUCAAUAACCAUGGUAGUACGGCUUCAUGCACUAACAUCGGUGCCAUUUUCUGCGCCAUAUUGGUGCAUGGCCACCAGUUUCUUAGACUGGAGACGAGAUCCAAGAUCCUCUCACAUCUCGCGAUGCGAGCAAGGAUGUGGAGGCAAGAUUCCAGAACCUUUGCCCAUGGCUCCGGCAUCAUCCUCGAGCUUCAUUUGUCACUGGGCGUUUUUGGACCUUCGCAUACUGUACCUUCGUAUCUUCUCGCUUGAUUUCCCUGUUUAGGGUGCUUUUCUUGCAUGGCGCUGUUCCGUUCUUGUCAAGUGUUGGUACCGAUGCCCGUCAGCCUCGACAGCGCUGCCGAAGCACAUCAACACCUACCACAACAUGCAACUCAAGCCGCGAAUGGCAAACAGUUGCCAGAUUCUGGCCCUCUUUCCCAGAGUCUGACCUCCCGCGGUCUGACUAUUGAUUCCUCGUGCCCUCGACAACCUCGUCGAACCAAGGACACGGAUCCUAGCUCGAGAUCGUUCCCACCUUCGCUGUCCGAACAACCCAACACGUCCACAUCUGAAGUCCAGCUCCCAUGAAUCAACGCCGCAGAUUCUGUGGACCUCUUCCGACCCCCAGAUAAGGGAUUUAGCGGUACAGAGUGGCUGUUCAGCUGCGAAUCUCGACUACCAGCCCGUAUCUUGCUCAGGCAGCGUGGUCCUUCUAGGCUUUUUGGGUGUGGAAACCGAGACAGCACCACUGUGCUUGAGCUUUCCUUGGGCUUGAGUCUGGAAUGAAAAACUUUUUUGCUGACGUGGACAGCUGUGAAACGACCUCCCCAGUCAAAUUCAUAUCUUCCUCGCACGUUUGCAUCUCUCCCCAUUCCCACGUUGUUCCUCAGCUACUCUGAGUUCAGAUUUGACACCUCCCCUACUGCUUCUGUACACGCAUAGUGGUUUUAGAUUACAUUUGACCAGGAUGGUGUUCAUCCUCAACACUAUGUGGCUUGUUUCGCUGCAACUCCUGGUUGCAUCUGCUGCCGCACACUCAGACAUUGAGAAGCGUGAUGCCGUUAUCUCUUCUAAUUUGCCUACGAACUGGACAUACACUGGAUGCUAUGGGGACCAACAAGCAUCGCCCACACUAAGUGGUGCCAUGUACUACAAUGAAACUUCCAUGACACAGCAGUCAUGUAUCCUUUUCUGUAACAAACGAGGCUUCAUCCAAGCUGGCGUCGAGAACUCAUCUCAAUGCUUCUGUGGUAACGACGACCUGAGCAAACGAACCCCUGCUCCAUCUACAGACUGCAAUGUAGGUUGUUCAGGAAAUAGCUCAACCUUGUGCGGCGCAACAUCCCGUUUGAAUAUCUUCAGCAGCAAUCAGACUGUGCCAAGUCCCGUAACGAGCAGGGGAAUCGGUCUUUGGGCUCUAUACGGAUGCUACACGGAAGGUAUCAACGGGAGAGCCCUUACCACCAGCAUGACUGUACCUGGUGGGGGUAACAAUCUAACCGUUGUAUCCUGCAUUAAUGCUUGCCAAAGUUCUGGCUUCGUUCUGUCCGGGGUUGAGAUGGGCGGAAAUUGCUAUUGCGGCAACCAGUUCUCAAAUCAAGCCCAGCCUGCCUCGAAUGGGUUUGUAGGUUGUAAUUCUCGGUGUAAUGGCAAUGCUACAGAGUUCUGCGGGGGAAAUAGUGCUUUAGACGUCUAUGGUUUCAAUAACACGGUCCCCAAUCCUCUGGUUUCGAAAAGUUCAAGUGUUCGAAGCACUUCCUCUUCAACGUCAUCUUCUAUCCGUAGCCCAUCAGUCUCACCAACGGCCACUUCGCGAUCAUCAACUACCAGCUCGCGAAGCACGUCAGCUUCUUCCACGAGAUCUUCAUCUCCCGUAUCCAGAGCAACUUCUCCUUCAAGCUCAGCAACUUCAAGAUCGUCCGGCAGGACCAGUCAAAUAUCGUUGUCAUCGUCAUCCUCACGAUCUUCCAGUAGGACCAGUCUAGUUUCCUCAACGUCUUCUUCAAGGUCGUCUAGCAGUACUCGUCAGAUGGCCACCUCAGCAUCGUCUUCGAGCUCAUCAACGAUUCCAGGAUCAGCCGCUAGGAUUAAUCAAGCUGCCCAGGCAGCAGCUGCUUCAGUAUCGACAACAACAACAUCAACUACCAGUAGUACAUCGAGCGCUGCACCGUCAGUUCCGUCUUGGUAUGCAGAUGGCUGCUGGACAGACUCUGUUGGUAAUCGUGCACUCUCAAACCAGCAGUAUGGAGAUGCGGCUUCAAUGACGAUUGAACUCUGCAUGUCAAAAUGUAGUAAUGCUGGCUUUACUAUCGCAGGUCUGGAAUACUAUUCUGAAUGCUAUUGUGACUCGCUAAUCAGAAAUGGGAAUACACGUGCCUCUGACCCCACCACCUGCAAUACACCAUGUCAAGGUAAUUCAUCCGAGACUUGCGGUGGGGGGAAUAGACUCUCGUUGUAUCGUUUCGGCAUCAGCUCUAGCUCUGGUAGCAGCAGUAGCUCGACCCAAUCAUCCACCGCCACUGCUACAACUUCUGCCUCGCUUACUGGGACGUCCUCAACUGCUACUUCUCAAGGCCCUUCUUGGAACUACCUUGGUUGUUAUGUUGACGCUGUUGGCUCUCGUACGCUGAGUAAUCCAAUCUAUGGCAACGGUAAUAUCAUGACCGUUGAGCUGUGCCAAUCACAAUGCAAGAACGCCGGCUACACACUUUCAGGCGUGGAAUAUGGCGGAGAAUGCUAUUGUGACAAUGCCCUUCAAAAUGGCGGCGGCCCAGCACCGGAUGGUUCUGCUGGAUGUAACAUGGCAUGCAAUGGUAAUAGUGCCGAGAUCUGUGGUGGCGGUAAUCGUCUGUCUCUGUACAGUUACUCGACGCCUGGCGGAUCAACAACUUCGUCUCAAACAUCUGUCUCAAGCUCACAGACAAGCUCGUUAUCAACAUCAAGCACAUCUGCACCAGCUUCAUCUGGAUGGACCUCGCUUGGUUGCUACAACGACUCGGUGGGAGCACGAACACUUUCGAACCCCAUCUAUGGCCAGAACGACGUAAUGACCGUUGAACUUUGCGAGAAUUCUUGCAAGAACGCCGGCUAUACGUUUUCUGGUGUCGAGUAUGGCGGAGAAUGCUACUGUGAUAACUCUAUUAAGAAUUACGGCGCUCCAGCUUCUGACGGCUGCACGAUGACUUGUCACGGAAAUGCUGCCGAGGUGUGCGGCGGACCCAAUCGGAUGAACGUUUAUCAAUUCGUCACAUUCACCGCCUCCAGUGCUUCUUCUCAGACAUCAUCACAGACCUCAUCGCAGACGUCCUCACAGAGUUCUUCGUCUGUUGUCAGUUCAUCGGUAUCGUCAACGUCUCAACUUUCUUCGACCAGCACAACGUUGUCUUUUGUCUCCGCAGUAGCUGAAACUUCAAGCACUACUUCUAGCUCGGUAACCUCGACUACUGCAUCCAACUCAACGACUUCAUUGGGCUCAUCAUCAACAUCUUCAUUAACAUCCGUAUCAGCAUCACCAACUAAAGCAGCUGGCUGGUAUGCAGCGGGAUGUUAUGUCGAUGCCGUUGGCUCUCGAACGCUUCGAUAUGGCAUGCAGGUCCCAGGUGGGGCUGGAUCUAUGACUGUCGAGGCUUGCAAUUCGGUCUGCCAGAGCUCACAAUAUACCAUUGCUGGCGUAGAGUACGCAGGUGAAUGCUAUUGCGAUAAUUCAUACCAAAACGGAAAUGGACCGGCUCCCGAUGGUAACGCUGGAUGCAAUAUGCCAUGCAAUGGCAACACAACCGAAAUCUGCGGCGGCUCGAAUCGCUUGUCGGUCUACACAUAUUACUCUGAACCAUCAAGUGCGGCCGCAGCUUCCAGCAGCACCGCCGUCUCGACUACAACUCCAACACCAUCAAGUCUGGCGACAGGACUACCAGCCAACUGGACCUACGGUGGCUGCUAUAUCGACAAUGCCAAUGGCCGUAUCAUGAUGAAUCAGCAACAAGACAACCAACAGCAAACCGUUGAAUCUUGUGUCAACACAUGUUCUAGUAUGGGAUAUGUUGUUGCCGGUAUGGAAUACGGAGUCCAAUGUUUCUGUGAUAACUACAUCAGAAAUGGAGCAGCUCUUGCUGCAUCUGACACACAGUGCGGAAUGUCCUGUCCAGGUAAAACCUCUGAGCACUGUGGUGCUGGGGAUCGGGUAUCGAUCUACAAUAAAGGCAAUCUUACUGUCUAUCAACCCCCCAAGCCACAAAACUCUUCUCUUCCAGGAAACUGGACGUAUCAAGGGUGUCUGACAGACAAUGCCGACAAAAGAACAUUCCCCUACAGAAUCACGAACAUGGUUGCGAAUAAUACUGCCACAAACUGUUUGAGUCUGUGCUCUCAAUUUGGUUACCCUGCUGGUGGAAUGGAGUAUUCUUCAGAGUGCUAUUGUGGGGAUUUCUCAGACAUUGUCAAUGCCGGAGCCACAACGGCCCCUGAGGCAGAUUGCAACAUGGCAUGCUCAGGAGAUUCCUCGUCCAUCUGUGGUGGUGGCAGUAGAAUCUCAUACUAUGCAUGGACCGGACAGCCACUCUAUUCCUGGGCUAGACCUAACGGGGCAGAUGCUGGCCAAUAUCAGUUCCUCAUUGGUGGAGUUGUCAUUCCUCUCAUCACAAGUCAAACGAUCACUGGCAAAGUAACUUUCUUGGAAAAGUUCGGCACAGGAGCUCCAAAUACAACUGGAGCCUAUGAACUAGAUCUAGCCCAGAUCAAUAACUUCACGGCUGCGUGGAGACCCAUGCACGUGAAAACGGAUAUCUUCUGUGCGGGUGGCCUUACCUUGCCCGACAAAGCAGGCCGACAGAUCAACGUAGGUGGAUGGGCCAAUGAUGCUACCUAUGGUAUCAGAUUGUAUUGGCCAGAUGGUUCUCCAGGAGUUGCUGGUAAGAAUGACUGGCAAGAAAACGUCAAGGAAGUCUCAUUGCAGAACGGAAGAUGGUACCCGACCCCAAUGAUUAUGGCAAAUGGAUCUAUUCUAGUGGUUGGCGGUCAGGAGGGUUCCAAUGGCGCCCCUGUACCGACACUGGAAAUUCUUCCAAAGGCUGGAGGAGUCAUUUACUGUGACUGGCUCAAGAGGACUGAUCCAUACAACUUGUAUCCUUACCUUGCAGUCCUUCCGUCAGGAGGAGUGUUCGUCGCCUACUACAACGAAGCUCGUAUUCUUGAUGAAGGCUCUCUCCUGACGUCCAGGACACUGCCAAAUAUCCCAGGAGCCGUCAAUGACUUUGAUGGUGGUCGUACGUAUCCAUUCGAAGGUACCGCUGUUCUACUGCCACAGCAUGCUCCGUACAGCGAUCCGUUGGAAGUUCUAAUUUGUGGUGGUUCGACACCUGGCCCUGAAAUCGCUCUUGACAAUUGUGUUUCGCUCGCACCAGAGAGGCCUGGUGCUAACUGGACAAUUGAGCGCAUGCCAUCUGCACGAGUCAUUUCUUGCAUGACAGCUCUUCCAGACGGAACUUACCUCAUCCUCAAUGGUGGCCAACAAGGUCGUGCUGGAUUCGGUCUUGCCGUCAAUCCUAACCACAACGCCGUCCUUUACGACCCCUCGAAACCACUGUAUAGCCGCAUGUCCGUCAUGGCAAAUACCACUAUCGACCGCCUCUACCACUCCGAAGCCAUUCUUCUCCAAGAUGGCCGCGUUUUGGUAUCUGGUUCCGAUCCGGAAGAUGAGCGAUUUGCACAGGAAUACCGAGUCGAGGUCUUCGUACCACCUUAUCUCUUGAACGGCAAACCACAACCCACGUUCAACAUCCUUAACAAAGAUUGGGCAUAUGGUCAAUCAGUCACUGUAACUUUGACAAGUGCCACCUCAGGGAAUAUUCGUGCUUCUCUCCUUGGAGCUGAGUCUUCAACUCAUGGUAACAGCAUGGGUCAGAGGACGCUCUUCCCUGCAAUCAGCUGUAGCGGAAACACAUGCACCAUCACGGCACCGCCUAAUGCACAUGUUUGCCCUCCUGGGUGGUUUAUGUUGUUUAUCUUGGAUGGCCCUACGCCAAGUGUGGCUACCUUUGUGAGAAUUGGAGGGGAUCCGGCUGGUUUGGGUAAUUGGCCGAACUUUGACGAUUUCAAGCCUUUGCCGGGUGUUUGAUGUUGAGGCGUUGGAUGUUGAUUAUCAUUUUUUGUACAUUGAGUAAUAGUAAUCUGAAGUCUUUUGAAUGAU